AGUGUAGUAAACAAGUGUAAGCGAAAAAUGUCGGAGAAUAGUCCAUUUAAUCGGAGUGGACUAACACGCCGCAGCCCGCCCUCAACGCCCACGCCGCAGCCCGGCCCGCCCGGGCCCGCACCAGCAAACAUGCAGCAGGAAGAAGAGCCCCCGAAGGUAUUUCCUACGAGUGACAUCCAGACCUGGCUGAAAAAGAUCGAACUGAACCUCCACGACGUAUGCUCUACAUCUGCAGAAGGUAAACUUAACACUGACCAGAAGAUCAGAAUUAACAACUUGUGUCGCAACGUGAGCCACUUAGCCUCACAAAUGGCUAUUGAAUACCAAUCCCUAAAAAGCCACGCAGUCCAAGCAUAUCAGUCUCGCCAAGCGCAUCAGGAAAAAAUGGACCUCGUACAACGCAUCCAAGAACUAAAGGAGUCUAUUGAGGAAUCCAGCCGACAAGUUUCGGGACCUGUAUCGUUUGCCGACGCCCUGAAGAAAAAUGGAACGAGGUACGUUCAACCGUCUAACAUUAGCUCAGUCGCAAUCUAUCCGGUUGACAAGUUGAAAUCGAGUGAGGAGACAAAAUCUCUCGUUCAAAGGAUUAUCCGGCCCGAAGAAAUGAAGCUGCACGUGAGAGGGUUGCGCAAGAUCAAAAACGGCGGUGUAGUGAUAAGCACUGACUCAAAAGAAGACGUAAUAAAACUCAAGCAAUCGGCGCAGCUUAUGACCUCUGGACUCACCGUUGACGAGCCACAAAAACGCAAGCCCAGAAUUGUAGUCAUUGGAGUUCCCGCGGACAUGCAGGAACCUGAAGUCCUCAAGUGCAUAUUCCAUCAAAACUUAGCCGAUAAAUUACAAGAUUGGUCGCUCGAAAAAUUUAUGGCUUCCACUAAGCUCAGUCACAAAUCCGGAAAAAAGGACGCCGAGACCUGUAAUUAUAUAAUUGAAGUUUCUGGGGCGAUACGCAAGGCCUUAAUUACGAACGACAGAGUUUUUGUGAAUUGGUCAUCGUGCCCUGUUAGGGAUUUCACCUUGGUUACGCGCUGUUUCAAAUGUCAGCUUUACAAUCAUGCAGCGAAGACCUGCAAAAUGGAGACUCACAUCUGCGGCCACUGCGGCGAAGCGGGUCACUCAUUUAAGGAAUGCACAAAAAAGGACGAAGCACCAAAAUGUGCAACAUGCUCGUACUACAAGAAACCAUGCAACCACCAAACAGGCGAAGCCGACUGCCCAGCUAGAAAAAUGGCCGAAAAAAGGUAUUUAAACUCUAUAGAUUAUGAAGGCGCCUAGGAGCGCUAACUUUUCACAUACUUUUAUAGCACUUCAUUCACUUUCAUUAAUUUAACUACCUAUGAAUAAUAGCAUAUUUUCUGACCUAGAUAGUUUCUCUGUAUCAGAGUCUAAAGCAUGCGAUGUGGAAACCUGCAAACAUCAUGUUC